AUGGUCCUCCACAACCCCAACAACUGGCACUGGGUGAACAAGGAUGCUUCUGGCUGGGCCCAGGAGUACUUGCAGCAGAAAGUGAGCGCCAUCAGUGCCGAAGAAGGGGGCGUGUCCGCCAAAGUAGACAAGGUGCUGUCCAUGAAUGGCGACGUAGACGUCAGCCAGCGCAAGGGCAAGGUCAUCACCCUGUACGAUGUCAAGCUGUCGCUAGAGUAUUCAGGUAAGACCAAGGACGGCGAGGAGGUCUCCGGUUCCAUCACCAUCCCCGAGGUAGCCCACGACACCGAGGAAGAUGAGUACGUCUUCGAGAUUGAAAUCUACUCCGAUGCCUCCUCCAAGCAGCCCGUAAAGGACCUCGUCCGUUCCAAGAUCCUCCCACAGCUCCGCCAGACCCUGGCCACCCUCACCGGUGCCCUCAUCACCGAGCACGCCAAGGAUCUGCAGCACGCUCCUGGUGUCGAUCCGUCCGCCGGCUUCCCCCCUGCCGUCGUCCACCCCCAGGCCAGCAAGGAGGCUGCCCCCGCCGCUGCACCCGUCACCUCGACUACGGGCAAGGUCGCCGUUAAUACCACCACCGUGACCGCAUCGGAUGAGUUCCGCACUACCGCCGAGGAGUUGUACAACACCUUUACGGAUCCCCAGCGCAUUGCCGCCUUCACCCGCGGCGCGCCCCGCCAGUUCGACGGCGCCCAGGUCGGUGGCAAGUUCGCCAUCUUCGACGGCAACGUCACCGGCGAGUACGUCAAGCUCGAUGCCCCCAAACAGCUGGUCCAGAAGUGGCGCCUCGCCCAGUGGCCCGAGGGCCACUUCAGCACUCUCGAGAUCAACUUCGACCAGAACGACGUCGAUGGCGUCACCCAGAUGCGCGUCGAAUGGUCCGGCGUGCCCAUCGGACAGGAGGACGUCACCAAGCAGAAUUGGGAGCUGUACUACGUGCGCAGCAUCAAGCAGACUUUCGGGUUUGGCACUAUUCUCUGA